AUGAGCUCUACACACGACGCCGAAGUCCCAUCAGACAUGAAAAUUUCCAUAAACCCACAACGCGCAUCCGCCCUCUGGCACAACCUCACUUCCGUCCAGCAACGGGUCCAUGGCGCAUGGUGCGCCUCCUUGCCUGCUGGCACGAGUCCUCCGCCGGCGGCUCCUGUGCGGGUCGUUGCUGUAUCGAAGCUGAAGCCCGCCUCGGACAUUCUCGCCCUUCAUCGUCCUGCGCCAGCGUCUGAAGACACCGCGUCCCCCGCGGCCAGUGGUGGGACGCAAGGGCAAGGCCACGGCCAUUUCGGGGAGAACUACGUGCAGGAGUUGGUGGAAAAGUCGAGACUGCUGCCCAAGACGAUCAAGUGGCACUUCAUCGGCGGGCUGCAGUCGAACAAGUGCGUGCCGGUGACGAGGGACGUGGACAACCUGUGGGCGGUCGAGAGCGUCGACAGCGAGAAGAAGGCGAACCUGCUGAACAAGGGUCGCGCGGAGCGCAACGAGCGAUUACAAAGGGAACACGGCGACCGGUGGCGCCAGGCCCUGGCCGACGCCGGCAUGGAGGAAAAGCUGAGGAUCUUCAUCCAGGUCAACACGUCGGGCGAGGAGUCCAAGAGCGGCCUGCACCCGGACUCGGCGGAGCUGGUCUCCCUCGCCAGACUCGUCCGCGACCACACAAAGUGUCCGAACCUGCACCUCCAGGGGCUCAUGACCAUCGGCGCCAUCGCGCGGUCAAAGGCCACGACCGCGGAAACCGAAAACGAGGACUUCCUCACCCUCCGCGCCACCCGCGACCGACUCGCCGCAGAUCUGGGGCUGCAGGACAAGGAUGAACUGGAGCUGAGCAUGGGCAUGUCGGAGGACUUUGAGAGCGCAGUCAGGUUGGGUAGUAGUGAGGUGCGGGUAGGGAGUACGAUAUUUGGGGAACGCCCUCCAAAGAAAGAGGCUACAGUGCUGGAACACACGGAACAAGAGAAGAAGUAA